AUGAAUAGCGUUUGUGAUCAAUGCUUCUGUAGCGCUGAUCACAAGGUAUUGUGUUACAAACCGCGACGUCGGCCAGAGAGUGAUUUAUUGGGAGGAAUUAUUCCUUACGAUCUCGUCCCUCAAUCACUUGUCCGCGCUGAUGUCGGGCGUAAGCCAGAAGGGCAAAUUACCCAUAACAAUAUCUAUCUAUCUAUCUAUCUAUCUAUCUAUCUAUCUAUCUAUCUAUCUAUCUGUUCAUAUCUAUCUCCCUAUCUCUUUCUGUCCAUAUCUCUCUAUCUCCUUCUGUUAAUAUCUAUCUAUCUAUCUAUCUAUCUAUCUAUCUAUCUAUCUAUCUAUCUCCCUACCUCUUUCUGUCCAUAUCUCUCUAUCCCCUUCUGUUCAUAUCUAUCUAUCUAUCUAUCUAUCUAUCUAUCUAUCUAUCUAUUUGUUCAUAUCUAUCUCCCUAUCUCUUUCUGUCCAUAUCUCUCUAUCCCCAUCUCCAUAACAAUAUCUAUCUAUCUAUCUAUCUAUCUAUCUGUUCAUAUCUAUCUCCCUAUCUCUUUCUGUCCAUAUCUCUCUAUCUCCUUCUGUUCAUAUCUAUCUAUCUAUCUAUCUAUCUAUCUAUCUAUCUAUCUAUCUAUCUAUCUAUCUAUCUCCUUACCUCUUUCUGUCCAUAUCUCUCUAUCCCCUUCUGUUCAUAUCUAUCUAUCUAUCUAUCUAUCUAUCUAUCUAUCUAUCUAUCUAUCUAUCUAUCUAUCUAUUUGUUCAUAUCUAUCUCCCUAUCUCUUUCUGUCCAUAUCUCUCUAUCCCCUUCUGUUCAUAUCUAUCUAUCUAUCUAUCUAUCUAUCUAUCUAUCUAUCUAUCUAUUAUGAUAAUUUACUCACGCACGCACGAACUCUCCCAGCUAUAAAUAGGAGCAGCCAUAACAAUAUCUAUCUAUCUAUCUAUCUAUCUAUCUAUCUAUCUAUCUAUCUAUCUGUUCAUAUCUAUCUCCCUAUCUCUUUCUGUCCAUAUCUCUCUAUCUCCUUCUGUUCAUAUCUAUCUAUCUAUCUAUCUAUCUAUCUAUCUAUCUAUCUAUCUAUCUAUCUAUCUAUCUCCUUACCUCUUUCUGUCCAUAUCUCUCUAUCCCCUUCUGUUCAUAUCUAUCUAUCUAUCUAUUUGUUCAUAUCUAUCUCCCUAUCUCUUUCUGUCCAUAUCUCUCUAUCCCCUUCUGUCCAUAUCUAUCUAUCUAUCUAUCUAUCUAUCUAUCUAUCUAUCUAUCUAUCUAUCUAUCUAUCUAUUAUGAUAAUUUACUCACGCACGCACGAACUCUCCCAGCUAUAA